AUGAAUUCCCAGAAGAAACGUUUUUUUUUGUUUGACGUGGAUGGCACACUGACCCACGCGAGGGCGCCAAUUGAGGAACGAAUGGUGGAAGUUCUACGCAAGCUGAAGUCCAAGGAAAACAUAUCCCUGGGGGUGGUAGGCGGGUCAGACUACCGGAAGAUCAUCGAGCAGAUAAAAUAUCCUGAGAUGUUCGACUUCAUCUUCUCAGAGAAUGGCGUGGUAGCUUAUAGAGACAACGAACAGUUCUACUCUGAGAGUAUAACGGAAUUUCUGGGCGAGGAGAAGAUACAACAGCUGAUAGACUACUGCUUAGUGUACAUUGCGAAUUUGCGGGUACCAAAGAAGAGAGGAACCUUUAUCGAAUUGCGCAACGGGAUGAUUAACAUAAGCCCCAUAGGGAGAAACUGUACACGGGAAGAGCGUACACAGUUUUGCAAAUAUAAUGCAGAGAAUUCGGUCCUGCGUACGUUCCAAAUGGAUUUGAUGAGGAACUUUUCGCAGUUCGACUUAACCUUCUCUAUAGGAGGUCAGAUCUCCAUAGACUGUUUUCCACGGGGGUGGGAUAAAACAUUUUGCCUGCGUCACAUUGAAGGGUUGUUCGCUGAAGUUUUCUUUUUCGGUGACAAGACGGAGAAGGGAGGAAAUGAUUACGAAAUUUUUCACGACGAGAGGGUGCGUGGAUUCUCUGUUAAGAGCCCCGAAGAGACGGAGGAAAUUAUUAAAUCCUUUUUGGACCCAUAA